ACUAUUUAUUGGUAGUAGAAUUUAUUAUUUAGAAUUAUUCUCGAAAUUAACAAAAUGAGCUUGCUGGUCCAAUAUGACGAAUUGCUCGGACUCUGUGAUGGCCAAAUCCAGAGAAAAUUGAACAAUAUUGUGUUGUGUUCGAUCGGCAAAAUGAACGAAAAGAUGGGUCUUCGGCGUCGAGUCAUGGUGCAAUCGGUGGUCGAAAAAGUGAUCAAAUAUGAGAACGGCGGGCACGAGCAGAUGGAUGAAGAACAAAUGGAAUUGAAAUUCUAAUUUUAUGAAUAAAUAGAUUUUAUGUUGAA